GUUUCUGUCUAUGUCUUCUGUGCCACCUGUUUUCUUCUUCCACUCUCAGAUAACUCUCUCUCUGUCUGAACACUGAUCAAAGCUUUAAAAAAUUUCUAAUCUUUUCCACUUCCUCACGGCCUCAUUACACGAGUCCACAACAAGGGAACAAAGAAAGGAAAAAAUUUAGAUUUUCUUGCACUUUCCUAGGAACCAAACACCAAUUUCCUAUCCUCUUUCCACGCACUUCAAGAAAAAAGUUUGCCUUUUUUUUUUUUUACUCAAACUGCUUCAUCACUGAAAUCAUUCCGAAUCCAAUAUUUUUAUUUUUUUGCUUUACAUUAUAUGAUUCUUUGUCUGGCUUUGUUGGCUCAAUUAGAUCAGCAAAAUCAUGGCCUUUGAUUCGACUGACAGGAAAGAGAUCAUCUUGAAAAUUGAUGACAGAAGCAAUGACGGUAAUAUUCCGGUUUCUGCCGCUGCUACCACCGCCAGCGAUGGAGGUAAGAUUUGGAGAGAGUCAAGCUAUGAUUUUUGGAAAGAUAAUGAGAAGAUCAUCAGAAACUGGAAAAAAGAGAAUGUGAACAUGAAUGGUACUGGCAGUAGUGGUAGUACUAGUAAUAGAGAAAGUGAAGGUUUUGAUUUCAUGCAAAACGAACAAGCAGCCAUGGAAGAUCCAACAUCAAAGCUGAUUGGUCAGUUUUUGCAUAAGCAAAAAGCUUCAGGUGAGAUUUCACUGGAUAUGGAUUUGGAGAUGGAUGAACUUCAACAAAAGCCACCUCAUCACGGCAGUUCAUUGCCUACAGUUGCUGAAUCACCUUCACCUUCAGCAGCUGCUGUUCCCAGCGUGUCUUUUGAAAACAACCCUGUAAGAAGAAGACAAAGUAAAGGGUCACCAUCUCCGGCAAAAGAUGAGAUUAGGGACUCUAGGGAGAGCGAUGGGGUUGUGAAGUGUAGUUCAAGUUCUUCUUUGAAAAGAAGUGAAGGUGGUUCUUUUCAAAGGAAAUCCAGUUUGUUAGCAACAAAGCCAAAGUCCAGGUUGAUGGACCUUCCAACACCGGAAAAGGGGGAGCCAAAGUCAGCGAAAGCUGGGGUAGGGAAGUCAGGACAGAUAAUGCGAUCUGGGUUUCUUGGGAAAAGUAUGGAGGAAGAAGAGGAUGAUCCAUUGCUUGAAGAGGAUUUGCCUGAUGAGUAUAAGAAAGAUAAGUUAAGUGUUUUGGUUUUGCUUGAAUGGUUAAGUUUGAUUUUGAUUAUCGCUGCUUUGGUUUGUAGUCUUACAAUUCCUUAUUUGAGAGAGAAACGUUUGUGGAAUCUUAUGUUGUGGAAAUGGGAAGUUUUGGUUUUGGUUUUAAUAUGUGGUAGAUUGGUUUCAGGGUGGAUUAUAAAGAUAAUUGUGUUCUUCAUAGAGAGGAAUUUUCUUUUGAGGAAAAGGGUAUUGUAUUUUGUUUAUGGAGUGAGGAAAGCUGUUCAGAAUUGUUUGUGGCUGGGGUUGGUUUUGAUUGCUUGGCAUUACUUGUUUGAUAAGAAGGUUCAGAGGGAGACCAAGAGUGAAUUCCUAAGGUAUGUGACUAAAGUUUUGGUUUGUCUUGUGGUGGGUGUGAUGUUGUGGCUAGUGAAGACCCUUUUGGUGAAAGUUCUGGCAUCUUCUUUCCAUGUGAGUGCUUAUUUUGAUAGAAUCCAGGAUUCAUUGUUCAAUCAAUAUGUAAUUGAGACUCUGUCUGGUCCACCUUUGAUUGAAAUUCAAAGGGCAGAGGAGGAGGAGGAGAGAAUUGCAGAUGAAGUUAUAAACCUACAGAAAGCUGGUGCUACAAUUCCUCCUGGCCUCAAGACAUCGACCCUUUCAUCACCCCAUUGCGGGAAGCUGACAGGGAGUGGAAGGAUCCAGAAAAGUCCUCGAGGAAAAAGCCCAAUGGUUUCACGUGUGCUUUCUUCUGAGAAGGGAGAGAAGGAUGAUAAGGGGAUAACCAUUGACCAUUUGCACAAAUUGAAUCCUAAAAAUGUAUCUGCUUGGAAUAUGAAAAGGUUGAUGAAUAUUAUCCGCCAUGGAGCUCUUUCCACUUUAGAUGAGCAGAUACAAGAUUCAACUCAUGAAGAUGAGUCUGCAACACAAAUUAGAAGUGAAUAUGAGGCGAAAGUUGCAGCAAGGAAAAUCUUCCAGAAUGUUGCUAAGCCAGGAUCCAAGUACAUCUAUUUGGAGGACAUUGAACGAUUUCUGCAAGAAGAUGAGGCUUUGAAGACUAUGAGUCUCUUUGAAGGAGCAUCCGAAAGCAGGAGAAUUAGCAAGAAGGCCCUCAAGAAUUGGGUGGUCCAUGCUUUUAGAGAACGAAGGGCACUUGCCUUGACACUGAAUGAUACCAAAACAGCUGUGAACAGACUUCAUAAGAUGGUGAACGUUCUGGUUGGCAUCAUCAUAGUGGUUAUUUGGCUCCUCAUACUUGGAAUUGCCACCAGCAAAGUUCUUGUUUUUAUUAGCUCUCAACUGCUUCUAAUUGCAUUCAUAUUUGGAAACACCUGCAAGACGGUAUUUGAAGCUAUUAUAUUCUUAUUUGUUAUGCACCCAUUUGAUGUGGGUGACAGGUGUGAAAUUGAUGGAGUUCAGAUGGUAGUGGAGGAAAUGAACAUCUUGACUACUGUUUUCCUAAGAUAUGACAACCAGAAGAUCAUAAUCCCAAACAGUGUCCUGGCUACUAAGGCCGUCAACAACUACUAUCGUAGCCCUGAUAUGGGGGAUGCAGUUGAAUUCUGUAUCCAUGUCAAAACUCCUGCAGAAAAGAUUGGUCUGAUGAAGCAGAGGAUAUUGAGUUACAUCGAGCACAAGAGUGACCACUGGUACCCGGCUCCAAUGAUUAUAUUCAAGGAACUUGAAGAGUUGAACAGAGUAAGGAUAGCAAUAUGGCUCACACAUAGAAUGAAUCAUCAAGACAUGGGAGAGAGGUGGGCAAGAAGGGCGCUCUUGGUUGAAGAGAUGGUUAAGAUUUUCAACGACUUCGAUAUUAAAUACCGCCUAUAUCCCAUUGACAUUAAUGUCUGUAGCAUGCCUCCCGUGACAUCUGACCGCCUUCCUCCUAGUUGGACAGGACCUGCCAGCUGAACAAAGAUAACAAGCAAACUAUAAAAACCAUCUUUAUACUCGGGAAGUCCUAUUAGGUACAGUGUCAAAUUUGGAGUAGAUUCUACUGCAUUUUGACGUUGUUUCCUUGAUGGAUAGCCUAGAGUGGGAUGAUAUUUUCAUUUAGAUGAUUAGAUAUUAAAUUACUUCUAUAAUUAGGAUGUUUUGGUAGAUUGAACAAGUAUGCUGGUGGAUGAUACUUCCAAAUCGUGUUUUCUAAACCUUUUGAAUGAAAUGGCCGGUGUAAGUUGAUUGGAAUCCCAUUCAGUCCUAUUUGGGGUUGCAGAGGCAUAUUAAUAGUGAAACUUUAACUAUAUCGUGAGUCCAUUUUAAGUACAGGAAAAUUAUUGAUUUUCAUUCAUGCAAACAGAAGUCAUGAGGUACCUAUUCUUGGGCCAAGACUGAGAUGAUCCAGAGUGGUACAAACUCUUGUUGUGUCAAUCACUUGUUCCUGUUUCUUUCUAGCGUUUUUUUCACAC